GCGUACGUUGGUUGUCAAACCCAAAUCAUGAGAGUUUCAUAGCUUUUGGCAAACGACUGUUUAUGAAGCAAAAAUAGUAACGACGUCUCCAUUUUUCAAUCAACAUUGCUGACAUACAAAUGGUAUCAUGUUCUCUGUUUAUUACCAAAACAUUGAUAAAUCAUUAAUAGAGCUUUCCUUUAAUAGAUUCUGCUCCCAAACAACUAAAGGCCCUGAAUUUUGACUUUUUGGACUUUGAUCUCACGUGCACCAUGCGUAUAUACGCGUGUUAUGUUGACCUUUGCUUUUCAAAACAUGUAGUGCAGAGUCCACCGGUGGACUUACUAAGAGGCUUCCGUAGUUAACGACUUAACGUUACAUGCUUUUGAAGAGACAACGCUUGACAAGAUGGCACUAGAAACGUACUAUCCUCUGAUUGCUGUCUGCUCAUUUCUAACAUGGUUGUUAACCUUUCGUCUGAGUCGCGAAAUUUUCGGACGAUUUUCUGUCACCUACCGAGCCAUGACCAGGGAAAAACAGGUGUCUGUUGACGACAAUUUUAAGGUGAUCCUGCAUUCCAUACCGGUCACUGUCCUGUCCUGGUACACCUACCUUUGCACAGAGCUACCGCCAGAGGGCGUUUGGUAUGACUCCCCUUGGGUGAGAUUGGAAGCGUCCAUAUACCUGGGAUAUGCAUGCACAGAUCUUCUACUGAUGGCCCUUCACACUCAGCUGUCUACCAAGCUCUACAUCGCCCACCACUGUAUGUCUCUGUACUGUUCAUAUAUCGGAAUGAAUUAUCCCUGUAUGGCUUUCUACGGCAACACAACCAUCAUGAUGGAACUGUCCAAUUCAAGUGUCUUUCUAAGAUAUCUCCUUGUGGAUUUUGGCUACAAGAACACAAAGUACUACACCUGGAACGGUGUUGUCAUGUUGGUGACGUUCUUCGUCGCCCGUGUUGUGGUGACCGCCAUCGCGACCUUCAACCUGAUCAAGGUCAUGGCCACUCAAGACGACUUCUACGAGCUGCCGCUUCAAGUGUCCGUCUGUUACGUCCUAGGCUGUCUGCUGUUUAACAGUCUGAAUUACUACUGGUUCGCACUGAUGUGCCAAGGCUUUGUGAAACACUUUUCAGGGAAGAAAGAAUAACCUAGUACCCUUCACUAGGUUUGGUUUGU